AUGGCGAAUAACAUAUGUAACCCAUUAUUGUAUUCUUUUUCACGGAAAGCUGUAGCACUUCGUUUAGUUCGAUUUUAUGGAAGAUGGAUGCAUAGAAAACCAUCUAAAAUAUUAUUACCUAUCGAGUCUGAUUCUAGCGUUAAUUUAAAAAGAGAAAAUGUUAUAAAUUUAGAUUUCAAAGUCUCUAAAAAAUCUGAUAGCGAGGCAACAAAUUCGGAUAACUUGAAAACAUUAGAAAAUGUGUCAUUAUCAACAAAAAAUAAAUUCAAGGAAGUAAGAGAUAAAAAAGAAACAUUAAUGAAGAAAAGAUUAUUUUAUCUUAGUCAGAAGAAAGUGUUUGAUGAUAACAAUGAAAUCAUUUAUGACAAAGUGAAAGACAAAGAUACUAAGAUAAGCUCACUUUUGGUGAAAUUAAAAUCUAAAAAGGAAAGAAAGCGAUUAAACCAAAUACUUGUUGAAGGUUGGCGUUUGAUUGUCGAUGGCUUGGAAGCAAAAUGUAAUUUACGUUACAUACUAUUUAGUCAAGUAGAGGAUCUAAAUAAUUUAAGGCCAUUCUUACCACAAACUGGAGUGCAAAUAUUUAAAAUUCCAUAUAGAGAAAUGGAACUUUUUUCUGAUGUGGAAACUUGUCCUGGAAUUUUAGGUGUAUUUGAAAUGCCAACCCCAGAAAAUGUUAAAAGAUUAUCAAAACCAUUACCACUUCAAUUCUUGUGUGAUAAUAUUAGGGUGCCAGGAAAUUUGGGUGCUAUUCUUCGAGCAGCUGUUGGAGUUGGCUGUGAAAAAGUCUUACUAAGCAAGGGAUGUGUUGAUAUGUGGGAUUCGAAAGUGAUUAGAAGUGCAGCAGGAGCUCACUUCAGAUUGCCUGUUUAUCCUUCGAUAGAUUGGGAGGAAAUUCCUCAACAUUUACCUAAGAAUACCUCACUCUUCAUAGCUGACAGUAACACGAACUUAUCCGAAAAUGACUCUGCAGAGUAUAAAUCAGAAGAUGUUGGGUCAAGCUUACCUAUAUUACCAUAUUAUGGAGUUGAUUUUGCUUCAUUAAAACAUGUUACACUUAUUAUAGGAGGAGAGACAGAAGGCAUAAGUGAAAUGAGUUAUAGGUUAGGAACAACAAAAAAUGGCUUACGGUUAAAUAUUCCCCUUCAGAGAGGCGUCGAUAGCUUAAACACGGGAAUGGCGGCAGCAGUUAUUGCAUUUGAAAUACGAAAACAGUUGAUUCAGGCUGCAACAAAAGCAAAGUUAAACAGACAUGAAAUUAAUGAAUAA